AUGUCGGCUUAUCGUCGAGCUCCUGCUAUACUUGCACGGGUUUUCUCGUCAAUUUCCAAUCAGGGAUCGGCGCCACGAACCAUGUCAUCCCCCUUCAUCCGGGAGGAGAAUCAAAGUCCGUAUUAUGAUCCGGAGAGAUACUAUCCUGCUCGUGUCGGAGAGACCAUCGGCAACCGUUACCGCAUCAUCUCAAAGCUUGGCUGGGGUACCAGCUCUACAGUUUGGUUGGCCAAAGACACGACUCGCUGGGCGUGGCAGUCGAAUCGAUAUGUGACCUUGAAGAUCACGAACUGUGGCAAAGUAGAACAAAACUCCGCCUAUGACGAAGUAGAGAUGUCGCAACAAAUAUCUCGUUUGCGAUCUAACCACGAGGGUAGAAGAUAUAUCCGACUCGUGAAGGAAUCCUUUGAAAUCCAAGGUCGGCUGGGAAAUCAUCUAUGCUUGGUGUUUGAACCAUUAAGGGAACCACUCUGGUUUCUGGGAAAGCACCUGGGGUGCAAUGGCGUGCCUCCGGCCGUUCUGAAGCCCCCUUUAAAAUCACUGCUCCUAGGUCUGGAUUGUCUCCACUCUGAGUGCCACAUCAUACACACAGAUCUCAAGUCAGAUAACUUUCUUCUGGGAUUCGAAGACCCUAACGUUCUUGAGAGCUACGUCCGUCAGCAGGAAAGUGACCCCGCUGCGUUCAAAGAUGGCAGUGGCCGUCCUAUAUAUCAGUCUCGACCUGAUUUCGGGCCGCUCGAUUUCAGCUCUGCUGUUUCUGGUAGAGUUUCAGUACCUCAUAAUCAUGAUAUCCAACCUCAACCCUUCUGCGCACCCGAGGUACUUUUAAAAGCAACAUGGACAUAUAGCGCGGAUAUAUGGAACCUGGGCAUCAUGCUAUGGGAGCUCCUUGCAGAUGAUGUUCUUUUCAAUGGACUGGACCCAACAAGCAACACAUAUUCUCGGACAACCCACAUCGCGCAAAUGAUCCGGCUGCUGGGCCCGCCUCCCCAACAGUUACUGGAGAGGGCUGACGAAGGCGUUUGUUCCCAGCUUUUCUCCAGUCGAGGUAUGAUUUUAUGUAGCUUCCAUAUCACAAGUACUAACUGUUGGCCCAGGAGAUUCCAAGUUCCCGAGUCUCAUCCCAUUAGAGGAGUUCAAUCUUCUAAAUGUCACGCCAUUUCUCCGUGA